AUGAUCCGCGUCGCCAAGCCAAAGAACGCACGCUCCAAGCGCGCUCUCGACAAGCGCCAGGCGCGCGAGUUCGAGGCCGCCAAGACGGCGGUGUUUGUCAAGGGCCCGCACUCGUCGGCGCGGCUCAACAUUGCGCUCACCGAGCUCAACCUGCUCAAGAAGCCGGACAGCAUCGCGUUCAACAAGAAGAACGAGGCGCUGCCCUUCGAGGACACGUCGUCGUUCGAGUUCUGGAGCGCCAAGAACGACGCGUCGCUCUUCAUGUUUGGCAACUCGCAGAAGAAGAGGCCGGACAAUCUCACAUGGAUCCGCAUGUUUGACGGGCAGGUGCUCGACAUGCUCGAGAUGGGCGUCGUCGACGCAAAGAGCAUCAACGACUUUAAGGGCGUCGCGCGCCCAGGCGUGGGGAUGAGGCCGCUCUUCCACUUUAGCGGGCCGCAGUUUACGACGCCCACGGAUGCGACGACGAGCAUGAUUGCAGGUGCCGAGGCGACAGAACACGACCCCACGGGUGCCUACCAGCAGUUCAAGAACAUGCUGCUCGACUUCUACCGCGGCGAGGAGCUCAAGACCAACCAGAUCGCGCUCUCGGGUCUGCAGCAUGUCAUCUGCGUCACCGCCGCACCCACCUCCGAGUCCAAUGCCAAGACCAGCACAACUUCGUCCGGAGGCGAUACGCUCGCGGAUCUGUACAAGGCGGCAGGUCUCACGCCCAACGGAACCGUCAUGACUCCGUCCACAUCCGCCGUCGUCACGUCGCCCGCCAACACGCUGAUUCACUUCCGCGUGUAUACGGUGCAGCUGCUUGCCAGCGGCUCCAAGACGCCGCGUGUGGAGCUGCAGGAGUGCGGACCGUCGUUCGACUUCCAGCUGCGCCGCCGCCGACCUGCGUCGAUCGACAUGCUCAACCAGGCGCUGCGUCGACCCAAGACGCAGGCCGAGAAGAACCGCCAGGGCAAGGAGGGUGCCAAGAAGAACGUCGAGACCGACGACAUGGGCGAUACCGUCGGUCGCAUCCACCUGGGCAAGCAGGAUCUCUCCGGCCUGCAGACCAGGAAGAUGAAGGGUCUCAAGAAACACCUCGACCCCACCGCCAGCAGCGACGACGAAGACGACGACGAGAGCGAGCCCGCUUUCAGCGGUUCCGACGAUGAGGAGCUCGAGAUGGACGACAUGACCAUGCACAGCAACGACGAGGAUGAGGACGACAUGGAAGACGACGACGAGGACGACGAGGAGCAACAGACACCGCCCAAGAAGAGGAGGUCGUAG